UUCGAGUAGAAACAUUAUUUGCACAGCCAAAUUCGACUAAUUCUCGAGAUAGGGUGAAGUCAGCUCAUUACUUGUUAAAACUUUACGAAAUACCCUUUCGUCCCGAAAUUUAAAAAAAAAUCCAAAUAAAAUAUUAUAUUUAUGCUACAUUACUCAAAGUUCGAGUACAAAACCUUCUUCGCGUAUCUGCCCAAACCCUUCAAAUUUCAACUUGUCCAACCCAUAAAAAAUUGCUCGACAACUUCGAUUCAUCCCUUCACGUUCGAAAAUCCUCCAACAACUGAAUCCCGCCAACACCAAUUAAACCGCCCCGAAGAACUUCUGCUUAACCUAAAUAAUCCAUCGAAGCUAGAACUGGCCGUUCUCGAAAGAUGGAAAGCGAAAGAGUGGGCUGCGCAGUGAGCAGAGGAAAAAAAGCAGAGCCUUAUCCUUUGAACACUCCCGAUGACGGCAGAGAUUAGCCGAAUCAGAGAUAAAAGAGAGUGUCGGAACGUCGAAUAUGGUAAAGCCCAUUUGUCGACUGUGACGAAGAUAAGACUACUGGUGCAUAUCUAUCUACUAUCAAGUUUAUCUUCCCAACUCAUUUCUCAUUAUCAAACUAUAGCAUCAUCCCAUCAUCAAUGGCGUUCUGGUUUCUGAACAGAAGCAAGUUUGCAGUAUUGACAAAGAAAAUGCCAACGGGCCUGUGGGCCGAGUAUCAAUCAUCGCGGCAUGUUCUUGUUGUGAGGGCUUUACUUGGGCCGGAUUUUAUGGCCAGUCCGUUUUACAAACUAAUAAUAAUACCAUAGCUUCAAGCAAAAUAAUAUAAGGGUUAUUUCCCUUCUUCUCGUGGUUUGCGGUAAGGUGAUUCUCUCUCGCCUUUGUUGUUUGCGUUGUGUACCGAAGGGUGCAUUGCCAUGAUUAAAAGGGCUAUUGCCAGGCGUGAACUUCAUGGUGUUCGUAUUAAUUCUCGUUGUCCUCCAGACUCUCACAUUCUAUUUGCAGAUGAUUCAUUUCUUUUCCUCUGCGCUUCUCGUAGAGAUGCUACCUUCCUUCUUCAGGUUCUCCGUGACUAUGAAAGCAUUAGUUGGCAGCUUGUCAAUCUCCAAAAGUCUGCUGUCUUCUGCAGUCCUAAUAUGUUGCAACCGGAACAAGAGGAUUUGGGGAAAUUUCUGGAUGUUGGAUCCAUAGGGCUUCAAGAUCGUUAUUUGGGUCUUCCUUCUCUGUUAGGUAGCUCGAAAAUGGAGACAUUUUGUUUUGUUGAGGAGAAGUUUUUGGAAGUUCUGCAAGGGUGGAAACAACGCACUUUAUCUGCUGCAGGGAAAGAGGUUCUUCUUAAAUCGGCGGCAGCAGCUCUCCCCAUCUACAUAAUGUCUUGUUUUAGACUACCAGCGGAAUUAAUUAAGUGUUUGAAUGCACACAUGGCUCGGUUUUGGUGGGGUGCCAAUCAAGAACAUAGGAGGAUUCAUUGGCGUUCUUGGAGGGUCCAUUAUUCAAGUAAACAAGAUGGCGGUCUAGGGUUCCGGAAUUUUGGUCUCUUCAACUAAGCUCUUCUUGCAAAAGUGGCCUGGCGGAUUCUGCAGAAUCCAACUUCUCUUUUAGCUCGUCUCUGCAGAGGGCGUUACGUUGGUUCUUCUUCUACAAUCUUGGAAGCAGGAACGGGUUCCAAUCCUUCAUGAGGGUGGCGUAGUGUUCUCUUUGGCCAGGAUCUACUUGCUCGGGGUCUUCGUUGGCAGGUUGGAGAUGGGUUUUCCAUUCAGGCUCUCUCUGAUCCUUGGCUUCCAACCUCUCCACCAUCUAUUCCUAAAAAACGGUUAGGUGCUCCAACUGCUUUUCCUUUUGUUGCUGCCUUCAUUGAUCCUGGUUCUAAAUCUUGGAAUGUCCACAUGCUGAAAUUGUAUUUUGAGGAUGAUACGGUUCGUAUGAUUCAAGGGAUCCCUCUCCCUUGCCAAAGAAUCACUGACAAACUGAUCUGGCAUUAUGAAGCUUCAGGGCAAUUUUCUGUAAAAUCAGCCUAUCACUUGGCGAGUAAUUUACAGGGUCGUUCUUAUUCAUCCAAGCAUCAAGCUUCUUUUAUGGAUCGUAGUUUGUGGAAUUGGGUAUGGAAUAGGAAAGUCUCUCCUAAAAUGAUUUUCUUCUUAUGGCAGAGUAUUCAUAGAAUCCUUCCUACUAGGGAGGCUUUGGUUGGGAGAGGAUUGGACUUAAUCCCAAUUUUUCCGGUGUGUGGUCGAAAAGAAGAAAUAAUUGAGCAUCUUUUUUUUACUUGCUUGGUGGCCCGUAAGUUGUGGAGGUUACUAGGUUUUCAGGAGCUUUGGAGACGGACGGAGAAACGUUCUUUUACAUAUUUGUCAGAAAUACGCUGAGCAAAACUAAUGGUUAGGAAUCAGAUUAUGUCAUUCUCCAGGUCAUUUGUUUGUUCUGCAAGUCAUUUUUCAGAUUUAUACUUUCUGUAUGUUUUUAAUUUAAAAAGUUUAAACAAAUUUGUUUAGUGUAACUGAUUAUGUUUCUUGUCUUUUCUUGAAGAGAUCACGAUUCAAAUCCCAUCACCAAUGUAUUUUUCCUGUAAAUAAGAAAAUAAUAAAUGGUUGUGAAGACGAAUCUACCCUUCCUAAUUUUGCUAUGGAUGCAAGGAUUUUCUAAUGGGGAAACACCUUUCCCAUUUCACUAUUCUAUUAGGUUUAGCGAAAGUAACCCGGGUGGUUGAGCUUUUAGUGGGCCGGAUACUAUUUGGGUCCGUUUACAUUAGUAGUGUAUUUUCCAUCCGCGUUGGGCAAACCAACAACACUCAAUCUUUCCAUAUUUACCCAUCUAAAUUGCUCUAGCGUAACAAUAGAGGCAGAGGAGGUUAGCCGGCUGUUGAGUCUGAUGGAAAGUUUGGAGAGACGACGAUGGUUGAGCGUUUAGUGGGUCGGGGCACUUAUUAGGCUCGUUUACAUUAGUAGUGUCUUUUCCAUCCGCGUUCGGCAAACCAACAUCACUUAACAUUUCCAUAUUUACCCCUCUCUUAAAGACAUAUGUGCCCCAUAUUCACUCAAAAGUUCUGUGUUUAAAAAUAUUGUUACUUAAUGGAAGUUAUAACAAUUAAGUUCAUGUUAAGGAUUCUACAUCGCUUCUAGACAUUCAAGAGUGCGAUUCGGUAUGCAAUAUUUGAAUCAAUGACAUUUCUGUUGCUAACCAUGGUGGAAAAGUCCUAUGAUUUUUUAGAUUUAAACUUCCUGUAUGUUUUUAAUUGGAAAAGGUCACACAAAUGUGUUUAUUGUAACUGGUUAUGUUUCUUAUCUUCUCUUGAAGAGACCACGGUUCAAAUCUCAUUACUGAUGUAUUUUUUCUGUAAAUAAGAAGUUAAUAAAUAACUGUGAAGACGAAUCUAUCCUUCAUACUUUCACUCUGGAUGCAGGAAAUUUGAAAUGAGGCUUUAAGUUUUCUCAUUUGGUUUUUAUUUAUUGUGUAGAUAAUCGUUUGUGCUGAAAUUGUCAUUUAAUUGUUUCUAUCACUACAAAUCACAUAUCAAUUUAGUUUUCGAUAGAGAUUUUUCCAGUCGGACUGCCGAUACGGUGCAAUUUCACAAAUCAUAAUACUUCUAGCUGCAAUUUAUCAUGAUGUACACUUAUUUCUCGUAGUAAUUUUCAAAACUCAGACCUUGUUUUUUCCAUCUAUCUUUUCCAAUUCCAGAAGCACAUAAUUUUCCACAAGAUAUAACGUUUCAUGCAUUGAUGAUCUUAGCUAGCUCCAAUCUAAAUUCCCUUAAAAUUCCAAUUACGUGAUUAUGUUCUUCAAGACUUUAUCUAUAGCGACCGCACGAGCUAGAAGCCUGAGACUAACAAGUUGGAAAGGUCCACAGCUAGAACCUCUCCUUUAACCAUCUACAUUAACCUAUAAAAAGGGAACGAAACCGUUAUAGCUUCGCAAACUCAAAUCGAACUGGUCACAAAAGAUGGGGGUUAUGAUCAAAAGUUUAGCUUUAGCGACGGUUCUUCUGGUCGUCGCCUUUGUUCCCUCCCCUGCUUCGGCCAUCGCCGGAACAGCCACUUUCUACACAACUUACGUCCCGUCGGCUUGCUAUGGAUUUGAAGACCAAGGAGUGAUGAUAGCGGCGGUGAGCGACCCGCUCUGGAACAACGGGGCAGCCUGCGGCAGGAUGUACAACGUCAGGUGCACCGGCCCGAGGAACUGCAAAGCUGGAAGCGUGACCGUUAGGGUCGUCGAUCGUUGUCCGUCUCCUGGCUGCCAAGUCACCCUCGAUCUCUCCCAGGAAGCCUUCACUCAGAUCGCCGAUCCUGAUGUUGGCCGGAUCAACAUCGAAUAUAACCAGGUUUAGAGAGCAUGGUGGAGAAGAGAGACCAAGAUUUGAAAGCACCAAUCAUAUGUAAUAAUGUGCAGCUGAAUAAAAUGUAAGGAGCACAUGUGUAUGUAGUAGUGUUCAAUGUGCCGGAUUACAGAAUAAACGUAAUGAACACAAAGUAUUCGAUAAACUCAUGCUGAUCCA